UCUGCUACUCUCAAACUCACCAUUUCCAUCUAAUUUGGAGUUCUCUCUCUCUCCGCCAUGGUUCUCUCGAAAACUGCCUCCGAGACCGACGUCUCCGUCCAUUCAACCUUCGCUUCUCGCUAUGUCAGGACUUCGCUUCCAAGGUUCAAGAUGCCUGAAGAAUCGAUACCAAAGGAAGCAGCGUUUCAGAUCAUAAACGAUGAGCUAAUGUUGGAUGGGAAUCCAAGGCUGAACCUGGCAUCGUUUGUGACAACUUGGAUGGAACCAGAAUGUGACAAACUCAUCAUGGCUUCCAUUAACAAAAACUAUGUUGACAUGGAUGAGUACCCUGUCACCACUGAGCUACAGAAUCGGUGUGUUAAUAUGAUAGCUCAUCUUUUUAAUGCACCACUUGAGGAGUCACAGGCUGCAAUUGGUGUUGGCACUGUUGGCUCAUCAGAGGCCAUAAUGUUGGCUGGGUUGGCGUUCAAAAGGAAGUGGCAGAACAGAAGGAAAAAGGAGGGAAAGCCUUAUGACAAGCCCAACAUUGUCACUGGAGCCAAUGUUCAGGUUUGCUGGGAGAAAUUUGCUAGGUACUUCGAGGUAGAAUUAAAAGAGGUGAAGCUGCGUGAUGGAUACUAUGUAAUGGAUCCUGAAAAGGCCGUCGAAUUGGUGGAUGAGAACACCAUUUGUGUUGCUGCUAUCCUUGGUUCCACACUGAAUGGAGAGUUUGAAGAUGUCAAACGCUUAAACGAUCUCCUAAUUGAAAAGAAUAAGGAAACUGGAUGGGACACUCCUAUUCAUGUGGAUGCAGCCAGUGGUGGGUUCAUUGCCCCAUUUAUUUACCCAGAGCUUGAGUGGGACUUCCGGUUACCACUAGUGAAGAGCAUCAAUGUUAGUGGCCAUAAGUAUGGUCUAGUCUAUGCUGGAAUCGGUUGGGUUAUCUGGAGAAGCAAGGAGGACUUGCCUGAGGAACUGAUCUUCCACAUCAACUAUCUUGGAGCUGAUCAACCCACCUUCACCCUUAACUUCUCCAAAGGUUCUAGCCAAGUCAUUGCUCAAUACUACCAACUAAUUCGCCUUGGUUUUGAGGGAUAUAGAAACGUGAUGGAAAAUUGUAGAGACAACAUGAUAGUGCUGAAAGAGGGACUAGAGAAAACGGGGCGUUUUGAAGUAGUGUCGAAAGACAACGGUGUGCCAUUGGUGGCAUUCACAUUGAAAGAUCACACCCACUUUGAUGAAUUCCAAAUCUCUGACUUGCUAAGGCGCUUUGGGUGGAUAGUGCCAGCAUACACAAUGCCCCCAGAUGCUCAACACGUGACUGUGCUUCGUGUUGUGAUAAGAGAGGACUUCUCAAGAACCCUUGCGGAGCGUCUUGUGGUUGAUGUUGAGAAAGUUUUGCAUGAACUUGAUUCACUUCCAGCUAGGAUUAUUAGUAGCACCACCACUACUGUAACAGUUAAUGGAGAUGAUGCAAAUAAUGGCAAAGUAGUUGCUAAAAAGAGUGCUAUUGAGACCCAACGGGAAAUCACUGCGGUUUGGAAGAAGUUUGUGUUGGAGAGGAAAAAGCUCAAUGAAAAGAUGAAUGGUGUUUGUUAGUACAUGCAUGCAUGUGUUAUGUAAACUUGGAAUGUAAUGUGUUGGGUCUACGCAUGCCUUAAUUAGUAGUUUUAUUUUAUAUAUCAUAUAUAGAUAAUUAAUAUGGGCAUAUUAAGUACAUUUGUUUGAGUCAAGUGAUUUUAUGCUUCAGUUGUUAAUUUGAUCCGAGGAAAGAUCAAAUCAGGGAUUCAUCUGGUUAACUAUUGUUUACUUUAAAUUAUGAGAAAUGAAUUAAACGUAUCUUUCCCAUUAGUUAUUUUUUGUUCUUCAUUAAUAUU